AUGGCUGCGGACAGCGUCACGCUACCUGCGGAACCAUCGGCUACGAGAGAGACCUGUGACCGGGAUGUCACAAUGUCUCCGCGCAAGCGCAGACGGCUUUCGGCUUCUCUCGAACCAGAGCUCACAGAGCCAGAAGCUGCCGGGACACCAGGCGAACGCUGCAGUACAGCAGGUACACCUGAAUCUAUGGUCUCGGAGCCCAAGUCUCUCUUCAAUUCGACUGCUGCCGAGAGCAGCAUUGCUCCUUUUCUGACCAAACACAUCAGGGAUCAGCAUGCGUCAAGGAACAGAUUUGCACCGGCAGACCCAUCCCUACCGCGACGCAAGGCGGAUUCUAAAUACUGCUACCGCCACCGUCCAGACUUGAAGUGUCGACGCCAGGCAGAUGAGCCUACGGUUGACCAGAUGCAAAGGGAUCUCUCCACUCUGUCACAGAAUGACCAACAAAGCAUUGCACAUUUCUGGUCUUUGUUCUCCGCCGCACCUUCAAAGCACCGCAACCUUAUGCUGCAGGGAAUCGUGGCACAGUGCUGCUUCCCACAGCUAUCCUUCCUCUCAGCCAGCGUCCGAGACCUGAUUCGCAUAGACUUUGUCACGGCCCUGCCGCUGGAAAUCUCCUUCAAGAUCCUGUCUUACCUGGAUACCGCGUCAUUGUGUAAUGCCGCCCAGGUGUCCCGCAACUGGCGGGCCCUUGCGGAUGAUGACGUUGUCUGGCAUCGCAUGUGUGAGCAGCAUAUCGACCGCAAGUGUGAAAAGUGCGGAUGGGGGCUCCCAAUGCUCGACAGGAAGAGGCUCAAGGAUACAAAGCGUCAGGUUCAGCUGCGGGCAGCUGGCAAGGAGGUUGUUUCUAGUCCACAGCCGCAGCCACAGCACCAGCAUCGACCAUGGAAAGCAGUCUAUAUGGAUCGUUUCAAAGUCGGCACGAACUGGAAGUACGGCCGAUGCACGACUACUAUAUUCAGAGGACAUACAAACGGUGUCAUGUGUCUACAGUUUGACGACAAUAUUCUUGCUACAGGCUCGUAUGACGCUACUAUCAAGAUCUGGGACAUUGAGACUGGAAAGGAGAUACGCACGCUUCAGGGCCACGAAUCAACUAUCCGCUGCUUGCAGUUCGACGACACCAAGCUGAUAAGCGGAAGUCUUGAUCGAACCAUCAAAGUGUGGAACUGGCGGUCGGGAGAGUGUAUAUCAACAUACACAGGCCACCAAGGUGGUGUCCUUUGCCUGCACUUUGAUUCCACAACUCUUGCCUCAGGCUCGAAGGACAACACUAUCAAGAUCUGGAACUUCCAGGACAAAUCUACUCGGAUCCUCCGCGGGCACACGGACUGGGUCAACUCGGUUAAGCUUGAUACUGCCUCCCGCACUGUUUUCUCUGCUUCUGAUGAUCUCACCGUUCGUAUCUGGGACUUGGACACGGGUAAAUGUAUCCACACCUAUGCAGGACAUGUAGGCCAAGUCCAACAGGUCCUCCCACUCCCGAGAGAAUUCGAAUUUAAACACCCGUCAGACUGUGCCAGCGACAGGAGCGAUCGUCUGUCAGGCUCAGAAUCUCCCGAUCACCGAGCAAGCCACGACAGCACCAAUGAACCCAACCUACAGCCCAAUACUUCCGCCCCCCCGACACAGCCCAUGUCUCCCCUUUUUGAUGCCCUGUUCACCGAAGACCAAACCCGCCCGGCUCCACCCCGCUUCAUGCUUACUGCAGCUCUUGACUCUACCCUGCGUCUCUGGGAGGUUCAUACUGGUCGCUGCCUGCGAACUUUCUUCGGCCAUAUUGAGGGUGUUUGGGGCCUGGCUGCUGAUACCCUUCGCCUUGUCUCUGGUGCGCAGGACCAUAUGGCAAAGGUCUGGGAUCCCCGUUCCGGGACCUGCGAAAGAACGUUCACCGGCCAUAGGGGCCCAGUUACCUGCGUCUCCCUUAGUGAUAGCCGCAUGGCAACCGGAAGCGAAGACUCUGAAGUCCGAAUGUACAGCUUCAAAGCUUGA